AGGAAAAGACUUGUGUGUGGUUUUUUUAUCUCCAAUUUUCCAAGAAUACAUUGGUCAGUCAGCGAUGUAGCUGGGAGUUGCCUCUACAAGUGCCAAGGAUUAGCACAUGACUGAAAAGGUGGCUGUUACUCCAGUUUGCUUUCUGGAGAGCUUUCCCUGAACAGAGGGCCAUCAACUCUAGAAACUCUCUUUUUGAAAGAAGUAAAGGCAGAGACGCUUUUCUUCUCACUUUUGGUGGUGAAGUCCAAAAUCUGCCAUAGUAAAAAAAAUAUCCAACGGGAAGUUUUAAUGUAAUGUACAGUGUUUUGUCUAGAAAUAUUCUGAUUACAGGAGAAGGGAGGUGGCAGAAAACUAAAAGGAGAAGAGCAGUUGAACUGUAAAAGGAGAUAAGAAGGAACAGCUACUCUUAUCUUCUCCUCAGCUGCAUCCUACAUCUGGUGUCUGUUCCUUCUGGGCAUUCAUCUUCCAGGAUUAAGCCAAAGAAAGAAGAAGUAAAUCAGCCAAAUGGCCCGGAAAUUAAGCAUUGAGCAACUUGAGGACCAGUUGAUAUGCCCCAUUUGCUUAGAUUUCUUCAAAGAGCCCUUGAUGCUACAAUGUGGACACUCUUACUGCAAGUCCUGUGUAGUAUCUCUCUCAGGUGACCUGGAGAAGCAGAUCCUUUGCCCAGUAUGCCGAAAGGCUGUGGACUAUAGCAGAUCACCACCCAAUGUCAACUUGGCUCGCAUCAUUGAGGCCAUUCAUACCCUAGGCAACUCACAAGAUAACCAAAAGUCUUGCCCUGACCACCACAAUCCCCUCAGCCUUUUCUGUGAGCAAGACCAGGAAGUGAUUUGUGGCCUCUGUGGCACCAUUGGCACCCAUCAGCAGCAUAAAGUCAUGCCCAUCUCCACUGUCUACAGCAGGAUGAAGGAGGAACUCUCCAUGUUGAUAACAGAUGUGCAACAGCAGAAAAGAAGCCUUGAUGAACAUGUCAGCAAAUUGAUGAAUAACAAAACUCGCAUCACGAAUGAAUCUGAUGUCUUCAAGUGGGUAGUCAGAAAGCAGUUCCAGGAUCUGCAUAGAUAUAUCGAUGAAGAGAAGGCCAAAUUCCUGGGGCAGAUAGAAAGGAAAACAACCCGUAUCAUUGCCUCUAUUGAGGUUCAGGUGAGGCAGAGAGCAGACAUCCUUCAGAAGCUAAAGGAGCUGGAGAACUCCCUGGAGAAAUUCAACAAUGAAGACCAGCUGGAUUUCAUACAGAAAUAUGGAUCUCUUCCCUCCAGGUCUGAGCUUCCCUAUCAGCACCCAGCUGAAGGCAUGUACAGUGCGGUUUGUUUCAAACCUGACUUCCACCAAGAGGAUGUAAAGAUGAUGGUAUGGAAGCGUCUGCUCCGUAAAGUCCUUCCAGCUCCAGAAACACUGAAGCUGGACCCAGUGAGUGCUCACCCUAUGCUCGAGCUGUCCAAGGAGAAUACCAUGGUGAAAUAUGGCCAGUUCUUCCAACGGCGAGAUAGCAAUCCUGAGCGCUUUGACUACAGCAACUGUAUCCUGGCUAAUAAGGGCUUCUCCUGGGGAAAGCAUUACUGGGAGAUUAUUGUGGGCUCCAAGAGUCACUGGCGCCUGGGCAUCGUCAAGGGAACAAUCAACCGCAAAGGCAAACUGAGUAAGAGUCCAGAAAAUGGGGUGUGGCUCAUUGGCUUAAAAGAGGGCAAAGUAUAUGAGGCCUUCAAUACCAGCAGACUGGUUUUGCCAAUUUCAGCCCGACCCCAACGAAUUGGGGUCUAUCUGCACUAUGAGAAGGGAGAACUAACCUUCUACAACGCUGACAGUCCAGAUGAGCUGAUACCAAUCUAUACUUUCCAAGCAGAAUUCCAAGGCAAGCUAUAUCCCAUUUUGGACAUGUGUUGGCAUGAGCGGGGUAUCCAUAACAAUUUACCCAUUAUAGUACCUACUCCCAAAAUGCUGCAGACUGAGGAUGACUGCACCAAUACUGAUGAGCCCACCAAGUUAUAAUAGGAAGUUUCCAUUUGCUACUAUUGUGUCAAGUUAUCGUCUUUAUGGGAGCAAUAAAUGCAAACCAAACUGAAUAGAACUCAUUCAAUGUAAAGAAUUUCUAGAGACUUGCUUCAGGACUUUGUUUUGUUUUUUAGUGCACCUGACUAUUUUUUUUUUUUUAAAUUUGAUUUAUAUGCCGCCCUUCUCCGGAGACUCAGGGCGGCUUACAAUGCGUUAAGCAAUAGCCUUCAUACUUUUGUAUAUUUAUACAAAGUCAGCUUAUUGCCCCCACAAACUGGAUCCUCAUUUAACCUACCUUAGAAAGGAUGGAAGGCUGAGUCAACCUUGAGCCUGGUAAGGUUCGAACCUGCAGUAAUUGCAGGCAGCUGUGUUAAUGACAGGGUGCUCUAAACCACUGUACUACCAAGGCUCUAUUUGAGGGCAUCCUGGCUUUAAGGGGCGAAAUCAAGACUACAUAUAAUUUUUUUUCAAUUUAUUACAGUUAUAGAGACCAGAGACUCUGGUCUGGAUUACCUAUAAAGCAACAGAGCGAACUCCAUGCCAAAAUGUAGAAUCUCAAUUACAUCUAUACUUUCCGCUGUUUAAGGGUAGUUAAGUCCAAAAGGAGAAGAGUUUAGUCCAAAAUUACAAGAACUCAGUUGAAAUGAACACUAUAUUUCCAUUAUUUUCAGUGGGCUUUUGCAGAAUAACUUCCUUGUGAUGCAUUGUUUGUGGCCUAUGGAGGAGUUCCACUGUCAUUCUAGGAAAUGAUGCUCAGAAUCUAUUGCUUGGAACAAACAUCUCACUUUGCCUCUAGGCUGCUUCUGGGAAGCCUGCCAGGCAAUUGAUUUCAAAGGGCCACUUUUUUCCUUCUUUCUGCUUUUCAAUCUUUUUUUCCUCCAUUGUUACCCAUUUUAGCAAGUUUUAUAAAUCCGAAAGGCUAGAUACGCUGGAUUUUCUAGACAGUACUAGCUCUUACUGUUAUUUAAAUUAAAAUGCCCAAAUUAAUAUUUCUAUUCUAGAGUUUCAAGUAAGACCAUAAUGAAUGCAGUAAGUAAAUAUUUCACCAAGAUUGUAAAAAAACUAUAAGCCAAUACUUAACACUAUCACUAUGCAAAUAUAACUAAAAGGUUGAGGUAUUCAUUAAUUUCUAUCUGUACAUAUUAAUGCAUUAAAUUUGUUUGCUGUGAAGAUUUUUUUUCAAUUUUAGCACCUGCUUAUUAUGUCUCAUCUCUUCUCUUUGCUAUUAAUGGUUUCUAUUUGCUUUUAGUGGUUUAAAAGCCAAUACUGUUUUUUAAUCUUUUAUACUGAAUAAAGUGAUUUUACAAUCUUUUUA